AUGAAACGACAUGGAGGUGAAGAUUCAGCUGAUUAUGGCAGCAGCCGAGGAAGUUCAGGGGGUAAGCGACAAAAACCAGAUAGCAACAGAGAUGCAGUGGGCACUGGGAAAUAUGAACUUCGGGCUUUAGUUUCUAGUAGAAGUGCAGGUGGUAUCAUUGGGAAAGGAGGCGAAAAUAUCAAACGAUUACGAAGCACUGAGCUUGAAAAAGAAAGGAGAGAAGAUUCUCGGGAUCCGGAACUUCGUGUUUUGGUUCAUCAGUCUCAUGCUGGAGCUGUCAUUGGUCGAGGUGGGUCAAAGAUUAAGGAAAUUCGUGAAGAGACCGGUGCACAGCUAAAGGUGUUUUCUCAACCUUGCCCACAGUCUAGCGAGAGGAUUGUUCAGAUCAAUGGAUCUCCAGAUGCUAUAGUUGCGUGUGUUAGAAUACUGAUAAAUAUGUUGAAAGAGAUACCUAUCAAGGGUGUAUCCCGGCCUUAUGAAUCAAUAUUUUACGAUCCUCAGUUUGCUAAUGAUUAUGGUGGGUUUCCACCUGACCGCAACUAUAUCAGGGGCUCUAUGCAGAAGUAUAAUAUAGUACGUAAUACUUUUUACGAUACUUAUAAUUCUCCACUACCACGGUGUCCACGAAAUCUUGGCGAUAACUUUGGUGGUCGUUCAUUGGCGCCUCCGUUUGCAUGUGGUCCUCAAAGAACUAUCCAGGUGACCAUCCCGAAUGAGCUCGGAGGUACUAUAAUUGGGAAAGGUGGUGAAAGAAUCAACAGAAUAAGAGAAGAGUCAGGAGCGCAGAUUACUAUUGAACCUCCUCAAGAAAACUCUGAACGCAUAAUAACUAUUAUUGGUACCCAGUCGCAGCUGCAAACUGCUCAGUUUCUUUUGCAGCAAUGGCUCGCGGGUGAUCUUACAGGUUCUUUGCAGCAGCGUAAGGUAUGCCCUGUUGGAGCUUGGUGUUCUUCUCAAGCAGUCAUGGAAUGCGCUUUUCAGUCCUUGCUGAAGAUUCCAAAUCAAGUCGGUUAUAUGGUUAUUUCCGAUAGAACUAUCUUGGGAUCACAUGGGGAAUUAGCAAAUAGUGAGGAGACGGCACAUGUUGUAUUACAGAUUUUACACGCAUUUCAGCAAGGACCAUCUUGUUCCAGGAACGAUAGUGCUCUAGUGGUUUCAACUAUUUAA